CCAUUUCCUGGUCUGAUUUCUGCUGGUACGUCCGUCUUGCUGCAUCAAAUAUGGCCCAUCAACCAGCAUUUCUCUCAGUCAAGUAUAUUAUCAUGAAGAGAUAGUAGACGUCUUGGAUUGGAGGUUGAGAGCCGAGAGCCUGCGGUAGUUGUAGCGAGCUGUGUUAGCACGCUCGUUACACUACGCACCGCUUGCUCUCCGUGUGCUAACUUGCCACCCCCGUGUUAGCUAGUUAGCUCACAAUUAUAAAUAUUAGCUAGCCAGCAAGUUUUCCUCCCGUUAAUUGCAAAAAUGGCCACGAUGGAAAAACUAAUGAAGGCCUUUGAGUCGUUGAAGUCAUUCCAGCAGCAGCAGGGACCACCGACUGCCGAGGAGCUUGUCCAGAGACAGAAAAAGGAGCAGGCAACAACAAAGAAAGACAGAGUAACGCAUUGCUUGACAAUAUGUGAAAACAUUGUGGCGCAGUCUCUCAGAACAUCUCCGGAGUUUCAGAAACUGCUGGGCAUCGCUAUGGAAAUGUUCCUCCUCUGCAGUGACGACAGUGAAUCAGAUGUCCGAAUGGUAGCCGAUGAGUGCCUCAACAAAAUAAUCAAAGCACUGAUGGACUCGAAUCUGCCAAGACUACAGCUGGAGCUGUAUAAAGAAAUUAAAAAGAAUGGUGCCUCUCGGAGUUUGAGGGCAGCUUUGUGGAGGUUUUCUGAGCUUGCUCACCUCAUCAGACCUCAGAAGUGCAGACCCUAUCUUGUCAACCUUUUGCCGUGCCUCACCAGAAUCACCAAAAGGCAGGAGGAGACAGUGCAGGAGACAUUGGCUUCAGCCAUGCCGAAGAUCAUGGUCGCCUUGGGACACUUUGCCAAUGAUGGCGACAUCAAGGUCCUGUUGAAGUCGUUUGUUGCGAACCUGAAGUCCAGCUCCCCCACCAUCAGACGGACAGCUGCCAGCUCGGCAGUUAGUGUGUGCCAGCAUUCAAGACGUACAAGCUACUUCUACACAUGGCUCCUUAAUGUGCUGCUGGGUCUGGUGGUUCCAGUAGAUGAGGAGCACCCCAGCCAUCUUAUUCUUGGGGUGCUGUUAACCCUUCGCUAUCUAAUACCUCUACUGCAGCAGCAGGUCAACACCACGAGCCUCAAAGGGAGCUUUGGAAUCAUGAAAAAAGAGGCUGAUGUGCAGCCAACACCUGAACAGCUGCUGCAGGUGUAUGAGCUGACUUUACACUUCACACAGCACUGGGACCACAAUGUGGUGACAGCAGCUUUGGAGCUUCUGCAGCAGAUGUUCAGGACGCCCCCACCAGAGCUUCUGUACAUGCUCAUCACAGCAGGGACCAUUCCACAUGCCACAGUGUUUCGGCAAGAUACUGAGAGUCGCACACGCUCCGGAAGCAUACUGGAGUUUAUUGCAGGGGGAGGGUCUUCUUGCAGUCCACUCCUCCUCAGGAAACAGAGAGGUAAAAUGCUUUCUGGGGAGGAAGAUGGUUUGGAAGAUGAUGCUGACAAGUCUGAAGUCACCACUGGAACUUUCACAGCAUCUGUUGUUGGAGCAGAUGGCUCCUCUGCAGCCCAAGUGGACAUCAUCACAGAACAGCCCCGCUCCUCUCAGCAUACCCUGCAGCCCGGUGACUCUGUGGACCUGAGUGCCUCGUCAGACCAGGGUGGGGGUGGAGGCGGGACGUCUGCCUCAGAUACUCCUGAGUCACCCAACGACAAUGAGGAGGAAAUGCUGAGUCAGAGCUCUAGUGGUGGGACAAAUGUUACUCCAGAGACAGCUGACUAUACGACACCAGAGAACGCUACUCCAGAAGGAGGGCCACUAAUAGAAGGCGGGUCACAGCUAGGCACCAAUGACAGCUCCCUCCCACCCAGUGAAUCCUCCCAGACUACCACAGAAGGACCUGACUCGGCUGUCACUCCCUCAGAUGUAGCAGAACUGGUGCUGGAUGGCAGUGAGAGCCAGUACUCUGGGAUGCAAAUUGGAACUCUACAGGAUGAGGAAGAUGAAGGCACAGCACCUUUUUCCAGAGAUGAACCUUCAGAAACCUUCCUGCAGUCAGCACUAGCUCUGAGCAAACCUCAUCUCUUUGACGUCCGAGGUCACAACCGGCAGGGUUCAGACAGCAGCGUGGAUCGCUUCAUACCAAAGGAAGAACCUGCUGACCCCGAACCUGACAUCAAGCCAUCAAGUAUAAAGGGGCCAAUUGGACACUAUACAGACCAGGGAGCAGAGCCACUUGUGCACUGUGUGCGUCUUCUUGCUGCCUCCUUCCUGUUGACAGGACAAAAGAAUGGUCUGAUCCCUGACAAGGAGGUACGAGUGAGUGUAAAGGCUCUGGCAGUCAGUUGUAUUGGCGCAGCUGGGGCACUGCUUCCUGAAGCCUUCUUUAAUUCCCUCUACCUGGAGCCGCUGGAUGGCGUUCCAGUUGAAGAGCAGCAGUAUGUCAGCGAUGUGCUGGAUCUCAUUGACCAUGGGGACCCACAGAUCAGAGGGGCCACAGCCAUCCUCUGUGCAGCCAUUAUUCAGGCUGCACUCACUAAAACACGUUACAACAUUCACACCUGGCUGGCCAGUGUGCAGAGUGCAACAGCUAACCCUCUGUCCUUGAUGCACUUGGUGCCUUUGCUGCGAAAAACCCUAAAAGAUGAAUCUUCAGUUACCUGCAAGAUGGCUUGCUCUGCAGUUAGGCACUGCAUAAUGACUAUAUGCAGCAGUACACUAAGUGAGCUGGGCCUGCAGUUGAUGAUCGACUUGUUGGCUCUCAAAGACUCUUCCUAUUGGCUUGUUCGCACUGAACUGUUGGAGACCCUGGCUGAGAUGGACUUUCGGUUAGUUAAUUUCCUGGAGAGGAAGACUGAGACUUUACACAAAGGCGAACACCACUACACUGGGCGUCUUCGGCUGCAGGACAGGGUUCUAUAUGAUGUAGUAAUUUGCCUGUUGGGAGAUGAUGAUCCAAGAGUCCGACAUGUGGCAGCUUCUGCUGCUAGCAGACUGGUUUCCAGAUUGUUCUUUGACUGUGACCAGGGUCAAAUGGACCCUGUUGUCGCUAUUGCCCGAGAUCAGAGUUCAGUUUACCUCCAGCUGCUGAUGCAUGAGGCGCAGCCCCCCUCCCAAUUCACAGUCAGCGCUAUCACAAGGACUUAUCGGGGCUUUAACCUGUCCAACACCGUGUCUGACGUCACACUGGAAAACAACUUGUCUCGAGUCAUCACUGCUAUCUCCCAUGUGUUCACGUCCUCUACCUCCAGAGCUCUGACUUUUGGCUGCUGUGAAGCGCUCUGUCUCCUGGCUUUACAUUUCCCAGUGUGCACGUGGAGCACAGGCUGGCACUGCGGCUAUAUUAACUCUAUUAGUAGCCUUUCAUCUCGAGCCAAUCUCAACCGUAGCCGAGGCAGGGCCCUCAGUCUUCCUCAGUCCAGCAGUGCUCCAUCGUCCUCAGCCUCCAACUCCUCUGCACCUGAUGUAGAACGAAGGACUCUAACAGUGGGAGUGACCAAUAUGGUACUCUCCCUACUGUCAUCUGCCUGGUUUCCACUGGAUCUUUCUGCACACCAGGAUGCCUUGUUACUAGUUGGAAACCUGCUCACUGCAGUGGCUCCUAAAUGCAUGCGCAACCCCUGGGGUGGAGAGGAAGAAGGAAACGGUGGCAGUGGUGGAGGACCAAAUAAGAUGGAGGAACCCUGGGCAGCGUUAUCAGAGCGCUCCCUGGUAGUAAUGGUGGACCAGCUGUUUUCCCACCUGCUGAAGGUCCUCAACAUCUGUGCCCAUGUGCUGGAUGACACUCCACCAGGACCAGCAGUUAAGGCCACACUGCCCUCCCUGAGCAACGCUCCCUCCCUCAGUCCUAUCCGCAGGAAGGGCAAAGAGAAGGAGCCUUCUGAUCCCAAUGCUGUGCCGUUGAGCCCAAAAAAAAGCAAUGAGGUCAACACAGGCAGAGCUGUUGAUAGUACGAGUGGAACGGCCGUAAACAAGUCUAACACCAUUGGCAGCUUCUACCACCUGCCACCCUACCUCAAGCUUUAUGAUGUUCUGAAAGCAACUCAUGCCAACUAUAAGGUGACGCUGGACCUUCACAGUAGCCAGGAGAAGUUUGGAGUUUUCUUGCGUGCUGCCUUGGACGUACUGUCUCAGCUGCUUGAGCUGGCCACACUUCAUGACAUCAGCAAAUGUGUAGAGGAAAUUUUGGGCUAUCUCAAGUCCUGCUUCUCCCGAGAACCUACCAUGGCUACCGUUUGUGUUCAGCAGUUGUUGAAGACCCUUUUUGGCACAAACUUGGCAUCCCAGUAUGAGGGUGUCCUGAGUGGACCCAGCCGUGCCCAGGGCAAGGUACUUCGUCUUGGCUCGUCCAGCCUGAGACCAGGCCUGUACCACUACUGCUUCAUGGCACCAUACACACACUUCACACAGGCUCUGGCUGACGCCAGUCUCCGUAACAUGGUGCAGGCUGAACAGGAGCAGGACACCUCUGGAUGGUUUGAUGUGAUGCAGAAGGCAUCUAACCAGCUGAGGUCUAACAUUGCAAAUGCAACACGCCAAAGAGGAGACAAGAAUGCCAUCCACAACCACAUCCGUCUUUUUGAACCACUUGUGAUUAAAGCUUUGAAGCAAUACACCACGAGCACCUCUGUGGCUCUGCAGAGACAAGUUCUGGACCUUCUAGCCCAGCUUGUGCAGCUUCGAGUUAACUACUGCCUGCUAGACUCUGAUCAGGUUUUCAUAGGGUUUGUCCUGAAACAGUUUGAAUAUAUUGAAGUGGGACAGUUUAGAGAUUCAGAGGCCAUCAUACCAAACAUAUUUUUCUUCCUCGUACUAUUGUCUUAUGAACGUUACCAUUCCAAGCAGAUAAUCAGCAUCCCCAAAAUCAUCCAGCUGUGUGAUGGCAUCAUGGCCAGCGGAAGGAAAGCAGUUACACACGCAAUUCCUGCCUUGCAGCCAAUAGUACAUGACCUGUUUGUCUUGAGGGGCUCAAACAAGGCAGAUGCAGGCAAAGAGCUGGAUACGCAGAAAGAAGUGGUGGUCUCGAUGCUGCUCAGACUUGUUCAGUACCACCAGGUUUUGGAGAUGUUCAUCCUUGUUCUACAGCAGUGUCACAAAGAAAAUGAGGAUAAGUGGAAGAGAUUGUCCAGACAGAUUGCAGAUGUGAUUCUUCCCAUGAUUGCCAAGCAGCAGAUGCAUUUGGAUUCCCCUGAGGCUUUGGGAGUUUUAAACACUCUUUUUGAGACUGUGGCACCCUCCUCUCUACGGCCUGUGGAUAUGUUGCUCAAGAGUAUGUUCAUCACCCCGUCUACUAUGGCGUCUGUGACUACAGUCCAACUGUGGGUGUCUGGUAUCUUGGCAGUGCUCAGGGUACUAGUCUCUCAGUCAACUGAGGACAUUGUGUUAUCGCGAGUCCACGAGCUCGCCCUCUCCCCACAUCUCCUUUCCUGCAACACAGUCCACCGCCUCCAUCAGCAAAGCCCCUCCCCAAAUGGCCCACCCACUUCUGAUUCAUUUACUAUUCAAGAAUCUAAUGGGCAUGCACAAAAAGCCUUGCCUGAGGAAACAUUUGCCAGAUUCUUGCUCCAAAUGGUUGGAGUGUUGCUGGAUGAAAUUUCCUCCAGACAAGUUAAAGUGGACAUUACAGAGAAGCAACACACUUUCUAUUGCCAGCAGUUGGGCACAUUGCUCAUGUGUCUAAUACACAUCUUUAAAAGUGGAAUGUUUCGUAGAAUCACAGCUGCAGCCAGCCGCCUCUUGGUGGGUGAGAGUGCUAAUGGCCAGAGUGACUCUGAGGCCGGUCUUUACUACCAUUUGGAGACCCUAAACUGCAUGGUGCAGGGCCUGAUCACCACCCACCCCUCCCUGGUGCUGCUCUGGUGCCAGGUCCUACUCCUCAUCAACUACACAAACUAUUCCUGGUGGGCUGAGGUUCACCAGACACCGAAGAGACACAGCCUAUCAUGCACAAAACUGCUUAUCCCUCACUCUUCAGGAGAAGGUGAGGACAAGCCUUUGUCCCAGUUAUCCAUGGUGAACAGAGAGAUUGUCCACAGGGGCGCUCUCAUCCUCUUCUGUGAUUAUGUGUGUCAGAAUCUGCAUGACUCAGAACAUCUCACCUGGCUGAUAGUCAACCAUGUGAGUGAUCUCAUCAGCCUUUCUCAUGAGCCACCCGUGCAGGAUUUCAUCAGUGCUGUGCACCGAAAUUCAGCUGCCAGCGGCCUCUUUAUCCAAGCCAUUCAGUCGCGCUGUGACAACCUGACCACUCCUACAAUGUUGAAGAAGACUCUGCAGUGUUUAGAAGGCAUCCACCUCAGUCAGUCUGGCUCCCUGCUGAUGCUGUAUGUGGACAAGAUGCUAAGUACACCCUUCAGGGUUCUGGCCCGUAUGGUGGACACGCUGGCGUGUCGUAGGGUAGAGAUGCUGUUGGCUGAGACAUUACAGAACAGUAUAGCCCAGCUGCCUGUGGAAGAACUGGACAGAAUCCAGGAAUACCUUCAAAGCAGUGGCCUGGCUCAGAGGCAUCAGAGGUUCUACUCCCUGCUGGACAGGUUCCGAGCCAAUGUUGCUGAAACCAGUAGCCCAGUCCCUCCUGUGAGUUCACACCCCUUAGAUGGGGAUCCACCCCCUGCUCCUGAACUGGUCAUUGCGGAUAAGGAGUGGUAUGUGACACUGGUGAAGUGUCAGUGUUGUCUUCGUGGAGAUGUCUCUCUGUUGGAGACAACGGAACUCUUAACCAAGCUCCCUCCCGCUGAUGUUUUCAGCAUCAUGCGAUGUGAGACAUUCAACUUAAGUCUACUGUGUCCAUGCCUGAGCAUGGGAGUACAGCGAUUAACACGUGGACAGGGGUCGCUCUUGUUAGAGACUGCAUUGCAGGUGACCUUAGAGCAGCUUGCUGGGGUUACACAGUUACUUCCUUCACCGCACCAGUCCUUCUUGCCACCUUCCCAGCCACAGUCUUACUGGACCCAGCUGGGUGAUGUGUAUGAUGAGCCAAGUUUCUACCCCAGGGUUUUAGCCCUCAGCAGAGCACUGUCCCAGUACCUCCUAAGUGUAAACCAGCUCCCACCCUCAUUACACAUUCUCUCUGACAAGGAGGACCUCAUCACUGCUUUCACCUGCACUGCCGCUGAGGUGAUAGCGUGGCGUCUGCUCCAGGAUCAGCUCCCCCUGAGUGUGGACCUGCAGUGGGCUUUGGCCUGUCUGUGCUUAGCCCUGCAGCAGCCUUGCAUCUGGAACAAACUGUCCACCCCAGAGUACACCACACGCACAUGUUCGCUCAUCUACUGCCUACGUCUCAUUAUGGUUGCUGUGGCUGUGAGCCCUGGAGACCAGCUUCUGCCCCCAGAGAAGAAGAAAAGGUUAGCCAGGGAUGCUGAAGGAGAUGAAGUGGAUUCACCACAUGCUAACUACGAUUGCGAGUGGCAAGCAUGUGAGAUCAUGGCAGACCUGGUGGAAGGGCUGCACAGCAUACUUUCUUUGGGACAUCAACGAAAUAGUGCAAUCCCUGCUUUUCUAACUCCGACCUUACGCAACAUUGUGAUCAGUAUUGCCCGACUGCCUCUGGUCAACAGCUUCACUCGAGUUCCUCCUCUGGUUUGGAAACUGGGCUGGUCCCCACAGCCAGGAGGGGAGUUUGGUACAACAUUGCCUGAGAUCCCUGUGGACUUCCUGCAGGAAAAGGAUGUCUUCAGAGAGUUCCUGUAUCGCAUUAACACACUUGGUUGGAGCAACAGGACUCAGUUUGAGGAGACUUGGGCCACUCUGCUGGGGGUUCUGGUCACACAACCAAUCACAAUGGACCAAGAGGAAGAGACGCAGCAGGAGGAGGAUUUAGAGCGUACCCAGUUGAAUGUGUUAGCAGUGCAGGCCAUCACCAGCCUGGUGCUGAGUGCAAUGACUCUGCCCACUGCUGGCAACCCUGCAGUCAGCUGUCUGGAACAGCAGCCUCGUAACAAGAGCCUCAAAGCCCUGGAGACGCGGUUUGGAAGGAAACUGGCAGUUAUCAGGGGUGAGGUGGAGAGGGAAAUACAAGCUCUUGUCUCUAAGAGAGACAACAUUCACACACACCACCCUUACCAUGCCUGGGACCCCGUACCCUCUCUGUCAGCAGCAUCAGCAGCAGGAACAUUGAUAAGUCAUGAAAAGUUGCUGCUUCAGAUCAACACGGAACGGGAGAUGGGAAACAUGGACUAUAAAUUGGGACAGGUGUCCAUCCAUUCAGUGUGGUUAGGAAAUAACAUCACUCCACUGAGGGAGGAAGAAUGGGGUGAAGAUGAGGAAGAUGAAGUAGAUAUGCCUGCGCCAGUCUCCCCCCCUUUAUCACCAAUUAACUCCCGAAAACAUCGUGCAGGGGUGGACAUUCACUCGUGUUCCCAGUUUCUUCUGGAACUCUACAGUCAGUGGCUUAUUCCAGGCUCUCCCAGUAACAGGAAGACUCCAACCAUACUUGUCAGUGAAGUGGUCCGAUCGCUGCUGGCGGUGUCAGACUUAUUCACAGAGAGGAACCAGUUUGACAUGAUGUUCUCCACCCUAAUGGAGCUCCAAAAGCUCCACCCACCAGAGGAUGAGAUCCUCAAUCAGUACCUGGUGCCUGCUAUCUGCAAGGCUGCUGCUGUGUUGGGCAUGGACAAAAUUAUUGCAGAACCAGUUUGUCGCUUGUUGGAGACAACCCUGCGCAGCACACACCUGCCCAGUCGCAUGGGUGCUCUUCAUGGGGUGCUGUAUGUGUUGGAGUGUGACCUGCUAGAUGAUACAGCCAAGCAGCUCAUUCCAACCAUCUCAGAGUACCUGCUGUCCAACCUGAGGGCUAUUGCUCACUGUGUAAACCUGCAUAACCAACAACAUGUCCUAGUGAUGUGUGCUGUGGCCUUCUACAUGAUGGAGAACUACCCUCUUGAUGUAGGAGCUGAGUUCAUGGCUGGAGUUAUACAGGUGUGCAGUGUGAUGGUAUCAGCCAGCGAGGACUCAACCCCUUCAGUGAUUUAUCACUGUGUGCUCCGGGGUCUGGAGCGCCUCUUGCUCUCUGAGCAGCUGUCUCGUAUGGAUGGAGAGGCGCUGGUCAAGCUGAGUGUGGACAGAGUGAACAUGCCAUCACCACACAGAGCUAUGGCCGCCCUAGGCCUCAUGCUCACCUGCAUGUACACCGCGGUGCUUGCGUCGGGUUCAGAAGUCACAGGGGUUAAAGGUCAGGUUGACUCUGGCUCUGCUGUAGCGGAGGUGGUGGGCGUCACGGCGGGUCAUGUUGGUUUCUCCUCAGGGAAGGAGAAAGCUAGCCCCGCCAGUCGCCCCACACACACAGACCCUCAGGCCCCAGAUAGCGAGUCGAUCAUUGUUGCCAUGGAGAGGGUCUCCGUCCUCUUUGACAGGAUCCGGAAGGGUUUGCCCAGCGAAGCUCGGGUAGUGGCUAGGAUACUACCACAGUUCCUCGACGACUUCUUUCCACCUCAAGAUGUCAUGAACAAGGUCAUCGGCGAGUUCCUGUCCAACCAGCAACCGUAUCCGCAGUUCAUGGCUACAGUAGUCUACAAGGUUUUCCAGACACUCCAUGCUACAGGCCAAUCAUCAAUGGUGCGUGACUGGGUGCUGCUCUCCUUGUCCAACUUCACGCAAAGGACACCUGUGGCCAUGGCCAUGUGGAGCCUCUCAUGCUUCUUUGUCUCUGCCUCCACCUCACAGUGGAUCUCAGCCUUACUGCCUCACGUCAUCAGCAGAAUGGGCUCCAGUGAAGUGGUGGAUGUCAAUCUGUUCUGCCUCGUGGCCAUGGACUUCUACCGGCAUCAGAUCGACGAGGAGCUGGACCGCAGGGCCUUCCAGUCGGUGUUUGAGACUGUAGCUUCACCAGGAGGUCCUUACUACCAGCUGCUGGGCUGCCUGCAGUCAAUCCAUCAGGAUACAACACUGUGAGAGAGCCAGAUGGACUCUGAGGCAGAGAUGUGUGGUGACAAAUGUGGUGAGCUCUUCUCAUCCACUUGAGGCUGUGAUGGAGGGGAAGCAAUGAGCAGCAGUAGUUUGCUGCUUUUUCUCUUGAGGUGACAUCUAAGGUAUACAGUAAUGUUUAUGUAUGUUCGAUGUGAGAGGAGAAUCUUUGAAUUGUAAGAACCAGGCACCAUAUAACAUCCCCAAAAACAAUCAUCUUUCCUGUCCUGAAAGCACCUUGAUGAAAGCAGAAUGAGAUAAACACUUGUUGGAAUAGUAUCGCAUAUAGAAAGUCAUUUACUAGAUUUCAAAUUGCAUCUAUUUUUCAAUGUAUUUUUCCUCUUAAUGUGCUUGUCAGGACUGACUGCUCAUUCUUUAAAAAUAUAAAUAUAUAUUUAAGCUUUGUGUGGUCAUCCUAACCAGCACACUAUUAAAAUAGUCAUGUUUAUUUUGUGUGUGAGAACGACCACUCGCCAUUGUAGCUUAUUUCCAUCAUUGUGAUAAAGAAUAAUGCGACAAUUGUUUAGACUAUGUCAGAAUGACACUUAUGUUUUCCACAUGGCAACAUUUCACAUACAUUAGAACAUAAUCAACAACAAUACCAUAAUCUAUGCUACUUCACGUUUGUCAUCCAUUUUUUAAAAAAGGUAUUCAGUGAUUAUUCCGCCUCACGUGCACCCAAAUGUUCCCAUCUCUUGUUCCUUAGAACACUCAGGAUGUAAGAUGUGAUGUGUCUCUUAAAUGUCGUUGCCCUUAUAUCUUGUAAAAAGUAAAUGAAUAUGAAAGCCAUUGUGCAUGAUAGAAUUGUACAAAGAUAAGGAGAGUUCUUACAGUACCAAUGUGUUGUAUUUGUUUUUUAAUGCACAUAAGAUCAUGAAAGCUAUGUGACCAUGGAAUGCACCAAGCUGUGUGUUUAAACAGAAGACUUGAGUUGCCUGGCGCUGUGCUGGGCUUUCAUGGUGUGUACAUACACUUGCCUUAGAUAAGGAUGAUGUCCUGUACACUGAACGCUUAAAAGCAUGCUUAGCAUCAGCGCUACCGUCAUGCAUUAUUGCCUUUAGUGUACGGUAUGUCGAUGGCUACAGUUGCCAUGACUCUUGUGUGGACUAAAGGCAACACAAGCCAAAGGCAGCCUUGUUACCAUAGCAACAAACUGCAGCUUUGACAAAUCAGACAAAAGAAUUGUUGAUAAUGUCAGAGCACAGCAGGUGUUUUCCUCUUGAGUUGAGCUUUAAAUAAUUUCGUCAGAAAUUAAAAGGUAAAUGUUUUUAGCACCUGGUCUUGAUAAGUACACUGCAAGAAAAGUGAUGGAUUUUUAUGUUAAGUUCUGUUUAAACUCUAAAGGCAAUGUAAGUUCGACCAUGUUAACUCGUGUAUUAACACAAUAAAUGAAUGAGUCCUCUG